GCAGGAGUGGAGCAUGUAGCCUGUUCUCGCUGGCAGGUUCCACCAAGGUGACCCGGUGUGAGAAGAUGCAUUUGUCAUUGCUGGUCCCCUUUCUCUUCUGGAUCUCAGGCUGCUGCACGGCUCAGGAUCCAGUCACAGGUCCAGCGGAGGUGAGCGGUCAGGAGCAGGGCUCCUUGACAGUGCAGUGCCGAUAUACCUCAGGCUGGAAGGAUUACAAGAAGUACUGGUGCCGAGGAGUUCCUCAGAGAUCAUGUGAUAUUCUUGUUGAAACCGAUACAUCAGAGCAGUUGGUGAAGAAGAACCGUGUGUCCAUCAGAGACAAUCAGAGAGACUUCAUCUUCACAGUGACCAUGAAGGACCUGAGGAUGAGCGAUGCUGGCAUUUACUGGUGUGGAAUUACGAAAAAUGGAUUUGAUCCCAUGUUUAAAGUUACUGUGAACAUUGACCCAGUGCCAACCAUGCCCCCCAUCACCUCCACCACCACCAUCUUCACAGUGACAACCACGGUCAAAGAGACCAGCAUGUUUCCAACGCUGACCAGCUACUACUCUGAUAACGGGCAUGGCGGUGGUGACAGUGGCAGUGGUGAUGAUGGCGGUGGUGACAGUGGCGGUGGCAAAGGUGGCGUCGGUGAUGGGUUUCUGGAUCUCAGAGUGCUCCUCCCAGUCAUCUCUGCAGUCCUGUUGCUUCUCCUGUUGGUGGCCUUGCUCUUUGCUUGGAGGAUGGUGAGGAGACAGAAGAAAGCUGCUGGGCCACCAUCAGAGCAGGCACAGUCUCUGGAGGGUGAUCUCUGUUAUGCAAACCUGUCCCUGAAGCAGCCCAGAACCUCCCCUGGCUCCUCUUGGAAAAAGGGCUCCUCCAUGUCCUCCUCCGGCAAGGACCACCAAGAGGAAGUGGAAUAUGUCACCAUGGCUCCCUUUCCCAGGGAGGAGGUUUCAUAUGCUGCUCUGACUUUGGCCAGCUUGGGUCAGGAGCCUACUUAUGGCAAUACUGGCUGCCCCAUCACCCAUGUUCCCAGGGCAGGCCUUGAAGAGGAGGCCACAGCGUACAGCAGCAUCAGGAGGCCCUUGCCUGCAGCCACGCCUUAAUCUUGGUCUCUGAAGGCGGCUUGGAGCAUGUGUCUACACAUCUGCCUCUGUACCUGCUUCCUUACCCGGCCCAGCUGGUGACUGGAACUCUGUCCAUCCGUCUCUCAUGGCCUUCAGCUCUACCUUGAGCUUGGAGUUCAACCUCAGGGGGCUCCAGGGAAUUAAGGCUCCUUCCACAUCCCCACUUAUAGCCAAUGUACCUUGGAAGGUACCAGGCAGGCUGCUUCAGGGAUGCUGUGUAAAUCGUAACAACGAUGACAAUAAUAGCAACCAACCUUUAUUUAUUGUUUUUCAUAUGGGUUUCCCCCACCCCCCAGGACAUUUUCAUCCUCAUACCCAUAUUCUGUAAAUUAUUUUAUACAAAGAAAGAUAAGUACAUAUGUGUUUAAGUUAGGAUUUUGAGAUGAGUCUGUAUUAUCCAAGUAGGCCCAAAAUAUAGCCACAAGGGUCUGUUUUAAGGAGGGAGAGAGAGAGAGAGAGAGAGAGAGAGAGAGAGAGAGAGAGAGAGAGAGAGAGAGAGAGAGAACAACAGAAGCAGCAGAAGGUGGAGGGAUGCAGAAGGAGCCAGGAUGUUACACAUCCGGCAGCCAGCAAGGCCAAGUAUCAGACUGUUCUGUUCCCUGAGCGGAGCACUUGGUAGCGAUUAGGUCUGCCAGUGUCAAGGGUUGGGUGGAGUUGAAUUGAUUGUGUACUUUCAGAAUUGUAGAAUAAAGUUGCAUUGUUUUUAUUUA